AGCCAGUGGAAUGCGGACAGCUGGCUUCUCCAGCAAAUACGAAAUUUAUUAUUUACUGGCACAUUGUACUCCAGUUUUGCACCAAAGCGCCAACGGACACUAGAACGUGUUUUUGAACAUACUGUGUAGUGGAGUAACAUUGUAUUAUUUUGGACCAUGUCUUCACGCUGGAGUUGGGAAAAGACUGAAAAAUUCGUCAAACUAUAUCGCGAGCAUGAAAAUCUGUGGAACACACUCCUUUCGGAAUAUCGCGAUCGCGAACGCAGGCUUCUUUCGCUGCAAACUAUAGCUGAGCAAAUGAAUCUUCCGAAUUUCGGAACCAGAGAUGUGUCGAGAAAAAUCAAAACAUUGAGAUCCUGUUACAGUUUGGAAGUGAAAAAAAUACAGAAAAGCAAGAAAAGCGGUACAGGAACUGUAUACAAGCCAUCCCUGACAUGGUUUAACGACAUGGCUUACGUUAUGCGAAUUGCUGAGGUGGAAGAAACUGGAACAGAGAGUGAUUAUUUUGGUGAUCAUGGUAUUAUUGAAGAAACAACCGAAAUGACCUCUGAUCCUGAACCUGAAAUAAAUUUUGUGUCUUGUGAUGAGAUUCUGACUGAACCGAUUAAGCCAUUCCCAAGUAAUUGUCAUCCAAAGAGCGAGAGUCCUCCACGUCAACACAAGCGCGCGAGCGGGCGAGGCAGAAAAAGAAAGUUGGAGGUCAUUGGAGCUGCCCGCGAUCCAAGUAACUCGAAUAACAAGUUGAGCACAUCUACCCAUGAAGGAUGCAACGCCGACGACGAGUGUGAUAUAAUGGGAAAGCAUAUUGCUAUCCAGUUACGUUCGCUGCCAGUACAUGAGCGGGUACUGGCACACCUUAAAAUCCAUGAGGUACUUGUGGAUUUCCGAUUGAGGAAUAUAAAUUCGUUAUCUGUACCAUCAUCGUCUACCGUGAAUCAAUGUAAAAUUAAAUGAGUUUGUAUUUCAUGUUAGUUUGUCCACUGAGAGGGGGGAGGGAGUAUAGACUGAGUCCACGUGGACAGGAAGUUUUUUUGACGUAGGACUACGUCUAACCGGAAGAUAUAGGGGGUGAAAUGGAAAUCUAGGCACAGAACAAGUAGGAAAAAAUGCAAGAUUUGGAAC